GCCAAAUCACGGACAAUUUCAAGCACAAAUGAGAGAGCUUCAAUCUACCAUGGGGAGCUGAAUUACUAUUGAGGAUGCUUCACAUCGAUAUUUUUCGCUCCUAACAUUGUGCCGCUCAACAGCUGAUAUAACAUCCACAUGAGCGAAAAUGCCGUGGCUUAGAUACAAGGAUAGGUUUGGGGGUUGUCAAUACGAUCUUUGGAAUUUGUCGCCAGCAAGCCUUCAAUAUCGAAAUCAAAAAAAAAGUAGUCUAUAUAAGGGGUAAUCUUCUCUUUCAUUUCUCAAUACACACGAUCAUCAAGACAAAAUUGAAUACUCUAAACGUCAAACAAAAACAAUCUAUCAUCUUCACUUCCACAGUUUUAAUAAGCUGAUUACCUUGAAAAUGUUUGCUACUUCGCUCAUUGCACUGUCCCUCGUGACAAUCCUUCCCAUCUCCAACGCCUACCCCAUCAAAACCGAUGGUCUUCACUGCCGUUCUGGACCGGGAACGGGUUAUUCGAUCGUGAAGACCUACAACAAGGGCGAAGAGGUCUCGAUCACUUGCCAGGCCCCUGGAACUGAUGUUAAUGGAGACUCCCUUUGGGAUAAGACUUCUGAUGGCUGCUAUGUCACUGAUUACUACGUUAGCACAGGCACUAGUGGCUACGUCACUGGUGAGUGUGGUAGCACCGGUGGCAGUGGAGGAAAACUUCCGGGUCUUGACUCUACACAAUCGUCCCAUGCCCGAGCCAUUAUCGCAGAGGCCAAAAAGGAGAGUCUAGGUCGUCAGGGCUGUCUUGCCGGCAUUGCAACUGCUUUGACUGAGUCGAGCAUUCUGGUCUACGCAAACGAGGCCGUUCCAGAAUCGAUGAAAUACAAGCACGAUGCGGUUGGCAGCGACCACGAUAGCAUUGGCAUCUUCCAGCAGCGCGCAAUGUACUAUCCCAAUAUCGCCGCAGACAUGGAUCCUGCAAAGUCGGCUGCACAGUUCUUUGCUAAAAUGAAGGAGGUUAGUGGAUGGCGAAGCAUGAAUGUUGGUGAACUCUGCCAGAAGGUUCAAGGAUCUGCCUAUCCUACUCGAUAUGAACAGCAUCUGUCUGCUGCUGAAGCGAUCUGCUCUGCUGACAGUGAUUGAGCGGGCUAGUUUGCAAAGAUGAUUACCAAUGUUUAAACACAAUAAUGAAUGAGAC